AUGAAUGGCAUGGAUGUCUCAUCUUGGAUGCUCAUUGAGGACAGUGCAGAUUCUGAAGGAGACACUAGCUUCUCUAACAUUGGCCACAAUGAGGAUGAUGUUGAAUCUUGUACCUGUGACACUGCGGGUAAAUGUGGUCUAUUUGAGGACGGUGAAAGUCAUGAAGAUGAAAAGGGGUGUGGUGAAUUUUGUCGUGAUGAAGACAAAGGGUGUGGUUUAGAUUGGAGGAACUCUACCGUUUGGCUUGCAGAUGCAUCCUUGGAAAUCGAAAGCGCUUCUCCUUUGGCCGUUGAAGAUGAAGAAGAAACAAGGAUUGUGAGAGUGAAUGUGAAUGUGAAUGAUGUGGAAGAUAAAAUAUUUUGGGGGAUAUGCAUGGCAUCUGCAGAGAUAUACCUUCUGACAUUUUCAGUCAACAUCACUGGACCCGACAUUGGACCGGAUUUAUCAGACCGGACAACGAACCGGACUCACGAAACUGCUCUGCUUUUUGAGUGCUCUCUACUCUCUCCAGCUAAAAUGCAAGCUCCUCAACCAUCACUCACUGAUGAAGCUCCCGAGAUUUCCCAUCAGGCUGUCCCGCAGCGAAACAAGGAAGUUUCAGAUAGUGGACCCAGUGGUAGGCGCCCUGAUAUCUCACUUCAAGUUCCCCUUAGACCUAUAGGGUUUGGAAGCACUAGUGGUGGAAGGGUUUUGGACCAUUCUCAAAGUUUCACUAAAGGGAUUUCAUCAUCAAGAGGCUUCUUGCGGGCCUUGAGCUUCAAAAGAAAAGGAAAUGUAGUGGAUGGGGAAAGAAGCUGCCUACUUAGUUCAGACCCCAAGACAGCUGCAGAAGGUUCUAAUAUGGCUUCCAUUUCUGAAAUUGCAUGGAAAAGAUGUACUUCUCUUCCUGUUACACCUGCAUCAAAUCUGUCUCCUUCAGUUGCUACACCCAUUUCUGCAAGGACAUACAAUGAAAAAAUUAAGCCGCUUAAAGAUGUUGAUCAUUCUAAGGUUUCACGGUCCCUUUCUGUACCUGGAAGAAAUGUUGUUAUUGUAAGAUCUGUCUCUUUUUCUACCCGUAGUGAACAGGAGCAACAAGAUCAAAAUGAUGAUCAAAUAACUCCUGUGCCAGUAGAAGUUACUGCCGAUGAAGAAAUUCCUGAAGAGGAAGCAGUGUGCAGGAUAUGUUUUGAUGUGUGUGAUGAAAGGAAUACCUUUAAAAUGGAAUGCAGUUGCAAAGGUGACCUGAGAUUGGUGCAUGAAGAAUGUUUAAUCAAAUGGUUUAGCACAAAAGGAGACAAGAAAUGUGAUGUAUGUAGGCAAGAGGUUCAGAAUUUACCUGUAACUUUGCUUCGUGUGACAAGCUCUGUUCAACAACAAAACAGGCAGAUGCACGGUCAGCAGAACCUACAUCCAGAGUCAAUAAGCGCUUGGCAAGACUUUGUUGUGCUUGUCCUGAUCAGCACGAUAUGCUACUUUUUCUUUCUUGAACAGCUACUGCUUCCUGAAUUUAAGACUCAAGCUAUUAUUAUAGCAGCACCAUUUGCCUUUACCUUGGGCCUCCUAGCAUCUAUUUUUGCAGUCAUCCUGGCAAUUAAAGAGUAUAUAUGGACCUAUGCUGCUCUGGAGUUUGCCCUUGAGGCUUUAACUGUGCAUCUAUUUUAUAGCAUGUUGCAUUUGACGGCCAUAUAUGCCAUACUACUUUCAUCAGUUUUGGGUUUUGGAAUUGCUAUGGCCAUCAACUACGCAUAUAUCCAAUUUGUCACUUGGAGGCUUCAAGUCUCUUAUGAUGAUAACCCAGUAUGA